CGGACCUUCCUUCUCCUUUUGAGACGUUCACGCAGAGCCCAAGAUGAAGGUCGAGUUUGCUCCGCUCUCCGUGCCACUGCAGAGGAGGCUUCAGACAGCAUCGGUGGUUCAGUGGGUCUUCAGCUUCCUAUGUCUAGCACAGUGCUGCACAGCUGUCUUCAUCACCCUCUUCUUCACGCGUUUUUGGCUGGUUAGUGCCCUCUACACAGCAUGGUGGUUCAUAGACAGGGAAAAACCCAGCAAGGGUGGGAGGCGGAUCCACACCAUCCGGAACAGCGUCGUCUGGAGGUACAUGAGGGACUAUUUCCCCAUCACGCUGGUGAAGACGGCGGAGCUGGACCCUAGGCAGAACUACCUGAUGGGAUUUCAUCCCCAUGGGGUCCUGGCAGCAGGAGCCUUUCUCAAUUUCUGCACAGAGGCAUCGGGCUUUUCCACACUCUUCCCGGGCAUCACCCCACAUCUGAUGAUGCUCUCCCUGUGGUUUCGCAUCCCAUUCUUCAGGGACUACCUGAUGAGCGGAGGCCUUGUUUCCUCCGACAAGGAGAGCGCAUCCUAUGUGCUGCAGAAGCCGGAGGGUGGGAACAUGCUGGCCAUCAUCGUUGGAGGGGCACAGGAAGCGUUGGACGCCCGGCCGGGAUCCUGCACCUUGCUGCUGAAGAACAGAAAGGGAUUCGUCCGCCUGGCCAUCGAGCAUGGCACCCCGCUGGUCCCCAUCUUUUCCUUUGGGGAGAACGACCUCUUUGAGCAGGUGAAGAACCCCAAGGGCUCCUGGCUGCGGCGGCUCCAGCACUGGCUCCAGCAGAUCAUGGGCAUCUCCCUUCCCCUCUUCCACGCGCGAGGCAUCUUCCAGUACAGCUUCGGGCUGGUACCUUAUCGGCGGCCCAUCUGCACUGUAGUUGGGAAGCCAAUUCCAGUGCAGAGGAAGCACAGACCCUCCAAGGAAGAGGUUGAUCAAGUCCAUCAGAAAUACCUAAAUGAAUUGUGCAAGCUCUUUGAGGAGCACAAAGCUAAAUAUAACAUCCCAGAAGACAGACAUCUGGAAUUUAUAUAGGGCUCUUCAAGGAAGGUGAAACCAUGGAGAUCAAGAUCCAAGUUUUUCCCUAUCUCUGGAGCUAUUUCACAACCUCAGCUUAGUCACAGUUGACAUAUGGUCUGUACAGUGUAGGUAGAAGGAUUUGAUUUUUUCCCAGCAUUUGCAUGGGUGUAAGGCCAGAGUUUUAUUUUUUUUCUCUCUGUAGGACAGAUAAAAGAUAUGAAGAAGAAGAAAAAAAAUCCCACCUGCAGUUAGCACUACUGAAGCUCCCCAGCAGAAAACUCACACUUCCAGUCUGGCUUGGAGGCCAGUUUUUUAAGAUAUUUCCAAGCAGAUAUGAAUUAUUGAAAGUUUCCUUUGCAUUAUUUUCAUUCAGAAAUGGGAUGAUGAGCCAUAAUUUCUGCUGAAUGCAUGUUUUUUUUUUAAAGUAUAAUUUGUCUAGAUCAACAAGCGAUCAUUGUUUGCGUGAUGCUCUUCAUGUCUUUAAUUGCUCUGGGCUCUUUUCUCACUACCUGAAACAUGAUUUAUCAGAAAGCUCAUACUGCCAGCAUGAUACCAGGCACCUGAUGCUGUACCCCACUGGGGUAAAAGAAAUAAAACAUUUAUAAAGGGCGAAGGCUCAUCCUGAGGGUUAACCCUAUCUGGGAUCCAGGAGUUCUGCUUAGAAUUUUAUCAAUUUAACCCCAGACACCCCUGCAUGGGAACACCUUGGAUAAGUCAUCAGCUAUGGCAGCGCUGUCACUGUGCAUUUAAUUUUACAAACAAGGCCACUUGCUAAGGGGAGAGCAUGGCCAAGAGAAGGGCGAAGUGAUUUGGGACAGGAAAUAUGGCUCAUAAAGCCACGUUUGGCAGGUGAUCAAGGCAUUAAAUAGCUGCUUUUUCUUGAUAUCCA